AAGAAGAGUCUGACGUGUCAGCGUGACCGCGGAAACUGUGCGACGUAAAGCUCGCCAGUUUGCUGUGGAGCCUUUAAUGCCUGGCAAGCCGACUGCAGCUUGGUAAAUUAAAAAUAGCAGUUUACAGCUUGUGUUAUGUAGUUACCAGUUUUGUUAUUCUCACAAGCUCUUAUUUGUUAUGAACUGGUAGCUGAGUCAGCUAGCCUUCCUUAGCUAAAGCUAACUCUGUGGCAGUCAACACGAUCUCCAGUUCAUUCUCCUGAUUCUUGCGACUGAAUCGGAAGUUGUCUCCUGCCAGUAGAACAGUAUGCUGUGUUUGCAGACAUGGUCAGAGCGAGGUGGGAUCUGAGGACACAGAAAGUUCCGGUGUAGCUGUGGAGCGAUCAGGAGUGACCAGGGGGCUCGAGGGCUCAUGUCUACUUCAUACAGUCACGCUCGCAUCCCCAGACUCUCGCUGUGGAGUGCCUCAGCAUGGUGAAGACAGCAAAGAUGGAGCUGCUGAGAGCACUCGUCAGUGAGUGCUUGUCUGCAGCCGCCGAGGAGAUCUUCAAGAUUGUACAAAGAACCAUUAUAGAGUAUGAAGAGGAAAUGUCCUGUUCAAAGUGGGUGGUGGACAGCCACCGCAGACUGCUGGAUGUUGCCAAGUCACGUGGUGAAGACUCUCUCCAGGCGUCUGCCACAGAUGUGAAACUGCAGUGUGGUCAGCAGCAGCCUGCUGCCAGUGUGAACGUCAGUGUGUGCUGGGAGGAACCAGAGAACACCACUUCAGAGCCAUCAGCAGCCUGUCCCAACAUGAUCAAUACUCAUCCAGACUCCUCUCCUGUCAGUGAAAAUGAUCAAAGUGAUCAGGAGAUAAUGAUUGAUAUUAAAGAUGAUGAUGUAACACAGGAGUGUGACCUGAACAUGCCUUUGAAAAUCCUCAAAGUGAAGAAACCAUUUAGGUGUCCUGUUUGCUUAAGCGGUUUUUCUUCCAGAAAGACAAUGGUACAACACAUCAAAAAGCAUCCGGAGGACAAAUCCUCAUCGUACCAGUGUCUCUUCUGUGGCCGCUACUUCUGCCACAAUUCUGAAUUCAUCAUUCACACCAGGACACACAAAGGUGCCAAACCAUACAAGUGCCAAGACUGUGACAAAAGCUUUGACCAGAGGGACAGUCUGCUUAUUCACAGACAAAAACACACUGAGGAAAAACCAUAUCAGUGUUUUAGCGAAAAGGUGGAUGCAGAAACUCACCUCAGAUCUGUGACACUUGCCAGUAAGAUUGAAGAAGAGCUGGACUCCAGACAGGAUGAAUCUGGCAUUAAGACAUUUCCACUUAUUAUCACCCCCUAUGAUAAAAGUGAGUUUGAUCAGGAGUCUCUGCAGCCCUUGUGUCUUUACCAAAUCCAGACUGUUGCUGAUAUAGAUGCUGCAGUUCCAGUUGAUCACAUUAAAACGGAGCCAGCUGGAGUAUCAGACAGCACCACAGAUGAUCAGCCGCCCCUUUCAGUGAACCCAGGUGAACAGCGUGAAGGUGAGGCAGAGCCCAAACACCUCAACAUAAAAAAUAUCCUGCCGAGAAGACCUUCAGGAAAGUCCACCGACCUCGUCAUUCGGUUUGAAGCAGGAACAGCACAGAAACCCUACAAGUGUCCUUGUUGCGCCAAAUGUUUCUCCUUGACUAAAACUUUAAUAAGACACGUAAAGAUCCACGCAGAGGACAAGCCGUAUCAGUGCCAGUUUUGUGGGAGAAACUUCUGUCAGAAGUCAGACCUGGUCAAUCAUACGAGGAUACACACAGGAGAGAGACCGUAUCAGUGCAGAGAAUGUCACAAAUCCUUUGCACAGAAAGGCAACCUAGUGGUUCAUAUGAGGAAACAUUCAGGAGAGAAACCGUAUCAGUGCCAAGAGUGCAGCUGUAGCUUUGGUCAGAAGUCAUCUUUAGACUGUCACAUGCAGAGCCACGCAUAGUUUCAGGAGUUUGCAGCUUUGUCCGAAGGCUGGGUAACAAACCUCAAUAUUUAUUUUUUUUGGUACUAAGUGAAAUGUCUGUAGCAAGUCUGAAAGCUGGAAUUGAAUGUCUGGUUGGACUCACAAUCUUACUUAUUCUUCGAUCAUAAAGUUUGGAUUUAAAUCAAAAGUUUGCCAGUUGACAAAAAAAUCUCACGAGGUCCAUUAGUAGCUGUUCUGGAGCUUUUGAUUAUAUCAAGAGGAGUUUGUCCAGUAUAAUGGAACUGUAGAUGGUUAAGUUUCCAUUUUUCUGAGCACUUCAAGGACUUCUCGUUCAUGUUUGCUUAAAAACUGAGAUCAAAAGUUCCGUUAUUUUUCCGAGGUCAAGAAUACACUUUCAGUCUGAGCUUUUAAGUCAAAAUUGAUGAGAAGCCCUUGAAUUGCUCUGAAAAUCUGAACAUCUAAUGCCAUGACAACUGGGCAAACUCCAUUUGCUAAAAAAGAUCAUGUGAUGCAAUUGAAAGCUCCAGAGCAGCAAAUGAGGAGGCCUUGUUGGCCUGGUGCCAGACCUCUGGUGCUCAUUGACUACUAUUUUUCCUGGGAAGAGAACCAGUCGACCAAUCAUUGCUUAGUAGGUGGGAUUUAGAAUGGGGUCAUCCUCUUCCUAGCUAGGUAGCUAGUUACCUAGUUUCAUUUAUGAAAAAUAGCUACAGAAAAAUGGCAACAAGUGUAGAUGAGCUUGAGGCAGCUGUACAGGUUGAUGUACAAUAAGUCUACUUACAGAAAUAACAACCCAUAAAUCUAAUGUGCUCAAUGGAUGAAUGAUGAGAUGCACUUAACAAACGCAGAUGCUGUUAAAAAGGGUUAAAAUCUUUAAAUGUGCAAAAGAGCAAACUUCAGGCACUCACACACAAAGGAGCAGAACUAUGUGGAGUUUUAAUACAUUUAUUUAUUACAACUUUAUUAUACAUUAAUUUAGGAGUGUGGCCUGAUUAGGUAAUUAAGACUACAGGUGACAAUGAGUGUCAUUCAGAGAUGACUUCCCCAAGAUUUCAAAACCCUAUGAAUGUAAUAACCUGAUUUUUUUUUUUCUUUUGCACGUUUUUAAAACCAAGUCUUCAAUUGAGAAUGACGUCGGCAGGUGUUCACAGAUGAGUCACUCGCUGCCGAUUGCUUAGGGCAAACCAAAAUGAGAGAUUGUUGUGUCAUCUGAUGUUUCCAAGGUCAAGAAUCAAUGUUCAAUCACAAAAUUAGACCAGUUUUCGACUGUAUUUUAUUUAGGUAAAGUUCCUGUCCCACUACUUGUGUUUAGACAACAUUCAGAAUUUGAAAACUUUGGCUUCUUUUAUGAAAUGAAAAGAAGAAACCUUAGUUUUGUAUCGGCACUGUAUUUCUAACCAAAGCCAGCUCUGUUUGUCUUUGUGGUAUUACAUGUAAAGUAUCGUUCACAAGACUUUACCGCUGUCACGUUCUAUAUACUGUCCUUAAUGUCAUGUCACUGUCAGAACCCAGUGCGUUCAGCAAGGCUCACUCUGGUUAUUAUAAGGUUAUUAAAUUAUCUGGCUAUGUUUUGUAAUCAUUUUAUUUUGCAAAACUGUGUGAGAAAUGUGCAUUUCUACAUAAAAUAUAAGAAUUACAGUGUAAAACCAA